AUGCAUCGUGCGAAUGUUAGUAAAACACAAGAUCCUAUCGUCCCGCAUGCGACGCGUUUAGUUUCUUAUAUGAAUACGCACCCUGAAACAAUUCUCACCUAUGCUAAGUAUUUUGGAAAAGUUCAGAAUGCCGUCAGUGCGCGUAUGACAGAUAUAGAUUCCGAUGGUUUCGUUGUGUUAGCAAAGGAAUCAGAUGGAACAGAAAAUGAAGUUCAUAUUAGAUUUAAAAAUCGGCUGAAAAGCUAUGAUCAGGUUAGACCGGUAUUGACUGAAAUGGCCAAAGAGGCCGAAGAAGCUUUAUCUUUGCCCAGUACAACACCUCCGCCCAUGCCGUCUAGCAACUUCACAAACAUUCAUACCCCUUUUAAUCCUCCAGAAUCAUCAAGAUUCAUUGGAAUUUUGUUAACAAUUGUUUUCUGUGCUGUUUUGGCAUUUUAUCCUUCUCCGGCACCAGAAGUUAUCAAGACUUUAAGAUCAAUAUUUGGGCAAGAGCUCCUACGGAACGUGGGCACUGUGGCUUGGGACUACAAUGCUUGUUGGUCAUUGUUGUCAAAUAGCAACAAUGCUUAUUCAACGCCUAGUUCACAACAGAUCAAUGCUGGAUAUGAAACUCGACACUUAUCCACUUAUCCAUGGCUUGUUUCUGAACAGCAAACACCUCAAGCACAGGCAAUAAUACCAACAACUUCAGCAUCAACUGGUUCGACUUCAUCCAAAGGUAUUUAUAUUACUCCAGGAUUAGAAACGAACGGUAACCUCGUGCCAACACAAAAUACUCCGAUUGUUGGCUCAAGUAUAAGAAAUACAAGUGUGAAACAUGGAGCAGAUAACAGCGCAAGCACACCUGCUAACGCAUCUUCCACCAACAUGAGUGAAACUGGUAAUAAUAACCCAAACAAUAAUAGAGCACCUGAAUAUGGUAAAAUUUUGAUUCUUGAAGUCAAUUUCGAGCUGAUUCGUGUUUGUAUCGAUUAUCACACCAAUAAAUGGCCAAACGAAGAAUUGACUAUGUAUAAAAUGCGCCUUCAAGCAAAUUUAGCCUAUCUUGCAAUGGUAGCCGAUGAAUAUAACGGAAACCCUCGAAACAAAGUAAAGCCCAAAAUACCUGAUUUAUCCCCUUUACCCAUUCCACGUGGUUCAUGCGGACAAAAUCUUAACAAUCUUAUUCAACGAGCUGUUCAAGUCUUUUCGGAUUAUAAAAAAUUUCAUAGGUCUGAAGUUGUUUCUACAACUGUAAGUUCUAAUGUAAAUCAUAUCAGUCAUACAAGUAAUAAUAUUACUAGCAAUAUAUCGGCUAGUACGGUGUCAGAUGGAGGGACAUCCACCUCUCCUCGACAAUAUAAAUUACCGACUUCAAGUAGUAUCAUGGGUUCUGUGCUGCCAUCAUCUUCUCAGUAUCAGCAAAUGUACCAAAAGCAACAGCCCACUCCGCAGCAGAUGCAUCCUCCACAACAGCUGCAACAAGUUUCACAGCAUCAACAGCAGCAUACUCAACGGCAAUCGUCUAACCGGUUCUCCGGAUCUAUAGCGCCAUCCGCAACGAUGGCUGCAACUUAUCAGCGACAUUCAUCUUCGCUACAACCAAAUAUGGUAGCUAAUAAUAACAAUAUGACCGAUUAUACAAUGAUGACAAGUAAUAAUUCCGAACAACCUUAUCAAGUCCUUCCUCCAUUAGUUGGAAUUGGUGGUAUGUCAAUUGGAAAUGCAGGGAACAGCAAUGCUAACAACGGACAAGGCACAGGAAUAUUACCUUCUCUAAUUGGUUUAAACGAUCAGUUUGGCAUGCCUAUAUCUCAACAGCAACAACAACAAUUACAGAAUGUAGGAUUCACAGGAUUUAUGAGUGGUAAUUCUGGAAUUUCUAGUGGUGCAGGAUUUGGUACCACAAAUACUUUCGGUAUGGCCCAAUAUCCAAGCGCUAAUGGAAGCAGCGUCAUGAAUAACGGCGGUAUCAGCAAUAAUGGAACUGGGUUAGCAAGUAACAAUAACAUGGGAAGCAAUGGUAUUGGUGUAAAUGCUUUGGCAGGUAACGGUUACGGAAGCAAUAGUAUAGCGGGAAAUACCUCAGGACUUCCAAAUAUGUUAAAUCAUGAUAAUGGAAUGUAA